UUCGGUUAUUUCAAAUGAUGUUGAAUAACUGAUCAAUGGAUAGUAAUCAAUAUAAAUCAUAUAUUCGCUUUGGUAUUUUUAGCAGUAUUAGAAAGUGGUAUACUCUAUACUAUACUAUCACAAUGGUUAACCCAUUUAGAAGUUGGCGUAACAUUUGCUGUACAAAUGUUUCAACCUGGUUUUGAAGAUAAAACAGUUAUGGCGAAUAUACAAGAAGCUCUGCAUUGUUGUGGUAGAGGAUCUUAUGGUGAUUACGGUGUAGCGAAUGAAGCAAUACCUAAACAUCAUGUACCAUAUUCAUGUUGUGAUUUACAAACUUAUACAAGUGCACAAUGUAAUAAUGCUUCAAAAUUGACUAAAAACAAACUCACCAAUUUAAUGACACAAUCAUCAUCACCUGAAAUCAAUAAUCUUCCUUAUGUCAUUCCAUAUAAUCUGGCUUAUCCGGAAGGUUGUGUAGAUCGAUUGAAAAAGUUAUUUUUACCAGUAGUAAUUGGUUGUUUUUGUUUUUUAAUCUCAAUGAAUAUUUUUGCAACAUUUGUGAAUUGUUUUUAUGUACAAAAAGCUGCAGAUGAAGAAGAAUAUGAACAAACUUGGCUUGAUUCAAAAAGUUUUAUAAAAGAAACUAAAGGUUAG